AUGAUUUACCUGAGAAAGCUGACAGUCCUUGCGGCCUUGCUCAGCUUGACCGAAGCCCAGGUUCGGGUGCGGCUGAAGGCCAGCAGCGUCCGCGAUCUCGAGGAGCCCGAUUUCUCCACAUUUGAUGUCGACAGCGAGGCCCAGAGCUCGUCCGCUGAGAUUUCUGACCUGAGUCUUACGAUCUCUGCGCCUGACGGUUCAUACCUUGAGGGCGACUACUACAAGUUCCAGUACACCCGGACCGUCUCGCAUCUGGGCGAGCGCGUCGUGAAUCAGGGCAUCACCACCUCGGCGGACAAUCCGGGAGCAAUUACUUUGAGCAUUACAGGUUUGGAGGAGGGUGAGCAUACUCUGCUCACCUGGCAUAAUCUGUGGUCGGACCCUGAGGAUUCUGCGGCGACCAUUGGGGUUUCGGUCGGGGGAGAGGAACUUGCUUCUGUUGAACCCUCUGUCCGCGUUGACAACAUCUGGGAAUCGCAAACCUCGUACAUCACCUUCACUGUCGCGUCGGCCUCUGACCCCGUCGAGGUCGUCUACACCCCCUCCGGCGGCGACGGUCUCGUCUACUUGAACGGCUUUGAGAUUGACACACCGGCCAUCGGAAACCAAAUCACCUUUCCUAGCCCCGCACACCGAGACAGCCAUCUUGAGGUUGAAGAUGGCAGUGAUAGCAUCAUGGUGUCUUGGAGAGCACCCGCUGAUGUCGAGAGUCCUAUUUACAACCUCUACCUAGGCACUGACCCCGACAAUUUGGCAGGGUCUAGCGAAGGGCUGACGGAGCCGACUGUAAUUUUUGGAGGCCUCAACAAACUGGACACGUACUACUGGCGCGUUGACGUCGUCGAUGGCGAGACUGUAUACACCGGGCGUACCUUCACUUUUCGUCUGGCCCACCUGGCAUUCCCUGGGGCAGAAGGAUAUGGACGCUUCGCUCGCGGCGGUCGCGGCGGCAAGGUAGUCAAGGUCACCAGCCUCGAAGACACCGAGGACGAAGGAACCCUCCGAUACGCACUCACCGUGGAAACCGGCCCGCGCAUUGUCGUCUUCGAUGUCGGCGGCGUCAUCACUACGACCUCUCGUCUCACCGUUAGCGACGAUUACAUCACCCUGGCCGGCCAAACAGCUCCAGGUAAAGGCAUUGUCAUCCAAGGCUGGCCUCUAGGUCUCUCCGGCGCCUCAGACGUGAUUCUCCGCCACAUUCGCGUUCGACCGGGCUCUUCGACCGGGGAAACAAUCGAUGGAAUGGGCAUGUCCGGAUCGAACUACUGCAUCAUGGACCGAUGCAGUAUGGGCUGGGCGAUCGAUGAAUCGUUCUCAUCGCGUACCGCCAAGAACAUCACCUUCCAACGCAACAUGAUCUCUGAGCCACUCAAUGUUGCUGGACAUCAGAAUUACCCCGAGGGCACAGCGCACGGUUACGCGGCGACCGUCGGUGGUGAUGUCGCCAGUCUGCAUCACAACCUCAUUGCGCAUGCUGAAGGACGCAGCUGGAGUAUGGGCGGCGGCGUCGACGAUAGUGCGACGUUUGCUGGGAGGUUGGACAUCAGAAAUAAUGUUGUUUACAACUUCGGAAGUAGAGUGACAGAUGGCGGCGCAAUGGAGGUCAACUUCGUCGGGAACCUUUACAAACAAGGGCCUGCCAGCGACCUCACCUACGCGUUGAGAGCGCAGUACGAGGACAACCUUCCCGGUACUCAGCAGUACUACUGCGCCGGCAACUCCAUGCCCGGCGUCUUUGACCAGGACUCCACGCAAUUUGUUGAUGAUGGCACUGGGCAGACCUCCGAAAUUGCCUGCUAUGCGGACGUCAGCAUCGACCCGGCUCCGAGCUAUCAGAAGUUCUUCGAUGAAGAGUUCUUCCCCUCCCACAUCACCGAACAAAUUUCCACCGAAGCCUACAAAAUCGUCCUCUCUGACAGCGGCGCAUCCCAACCCGUUUUCGACGACCACGAUACCCGCAUAAUCUCGGAGACCCUGGACGGCACGGCCACUUACGAGGGUUCUGUCUCCGGCAAGCCGGGUCUCAUCGACAACGAGGCCGAUGUCGGUGGCUUGGAAGACUUCCCCGAAGUCACGCGCAGCGAUACCUGGGACGCCGAUGGUGAUGGUAUCGCGGACUGGUGGGAUGGCUCGACCGGUGGCGACGGGUACACAGCUAUUGAGGGAUACCUGAACUUCAUGGCCGAGCCGCAUGUUUUCGUCACUCCUAGUGGCAAUGUCGAGGUUGAUCUGGCUGCAUUGGCAAGGGGGUUCGUCGAGCCUUCGUUCUCUGUGGAUGCGACGGAGAACUCGCUUGGAGAGGUGAAUAUCGAUGGGACGACGGCAACGUAUACUUCCAGUGGAGACGCCGGCAUUGACUACUUCACUGUCAGCAUUGAAGACUCCGAGGGGAGUACGUGGGAACGCAAGAUCGGGGUUGCGAUCUUCGAGGGAGCUGAUGAUGCUCAGUAA